UGGAGCAUGAAGGUUCCUGUGGUAUCACGCUUUGCAGAAUGCCUGUGUGUUUGGGGGUUGAGGAAAAGAAGACAAAGCAGUGAAGGAAAAAGCAGAGAUGUAGCAAAAGCACCCAGACUCUGUGGUGUCUGAGAGGUAAGGAGAGGAGAGAAUUUUUGGUGCAGCAGGCUCAGAUGCUGUAGAAGGGAAGGGCAGGAUAAAGGCCAGUGAAUGGGGCUGUGUCAGGGGUCCCCAAACCAUCCUCAGGCUUAAUGAUUCACUCUGAGGACUUACAGGACUCAGAAAAGCUGUUACCUUUCCAGUUGCAAUUUAUUAUGGCAAGUGGGAUGCAGAUUGGAAUCAGCAAAGAAGUAAUGUGUGUGGAGUCCAGGAGACAAGGUUCCCCGUGUCCUCGGCAGUGGAGUCGCACAGAGACAGAUGGGACCAUGUUCAGAAUUCACACCAAAGCUGAAGGAUUUUCAGAUGUGGAUAUACCGUUAGAAUUGGUGUUCCAUCUGCCGGUCAAUUACCCUUUGUGUCUUCCUGGCAUCUCCGUUAACUCUGAACACCUGACCAGAGCUCAGUGUGUGGCUGUAAAAGAGAAGUUGCUUGAGCAAGCAGAGAACCUUUUGUCAGAGCCUAUGGUGCAUGAGCUGGUUCUCUGGAUUCAGCAGAAUCUUGGGUCUGUCCUUACACAACCGGAAACUGGAAGUGGCAGUGAAAAGUGUGCUUUCCCAACAAGCACGACUGUGGAAGAUGGAUUGUGGAUGACUCUUUUGCAUUUAGAUCACAUGAGAGCAAAGACUAAAUAUGUCAAAACCGUGGAGAAGUGGGCUUCAGAUUUAAGGCUGACAGGAAGACUGAUGUUCCUGGGUAAAAUAAUACUGAUUUUACUACAAGGAGACAGAAGCAGCAUUAAGGAGUACCUGAUUCUUCAGAAAACCUCCAAAGUAGAUGUGGACUCAAGUGGAAAGAAAUGCAAAGAAAAAAUGAUUAGUGUACUGUUUGAAACAGAAGUACAGACGGAACAUAAAAGGUUUCUGGCAUUUGAAGUCAAAGAGUAUUCAGCGUUGGAUGAAUUACAAAAGGAAUUUGAAACUGCAGGACUUAAGAAGCUUUUCUCUGAAUUUGUAGUUGGUCUGGUCAAAUGAAAUGGAAGACAAGAAUCUUUUAGUAAAAUAGCAGUGUUUUUUGUUGUUUUUACUUUGGCUUUUGGGAGCGGCUAAUUGAAAUAGUCACAAGGGAGCAAUUUUAAAAGUUUCUCUGACGCAAAAUGAUAGACAUCAUCUUAACUUCAGGAGCAAAGCUAGUUCUGGUUUGCAAAGUAGUAAACAUUAAAAAACCUCACAUGUUUGCCAGGAAAGACUAGUUUCAAGAGAUGAAAUAUUACUUAAAAGAUAAAGUAUAGAACGGUGAAAGUAAAUGAGCCCUUUUAUAGAGUGAAUUUGUUGGGAAUGUAAUGUAUGUAAUUUUCUGGCUAGUUUUCUUGUAAAUAAAUGAUUUUUUUA